AUGACAGAUGAGCGCGCAUCGACAAGCUGUGACAGACUUCGUGGUGAUUUGCCUCGUGGUUGGUCUCGAUCCAGCAUGAUGUUCACUUCUCCAGGGACCGACUAUAUACUGCAUCAACGGACAAGCUCCGCUGCAGUCGGCAGUCUUAUGAAUUUAACGCUCAAUGUCGCUGCCAUUAGUCCUCCGGACACUCCAGCUCAUGCUCGCUAUAAAUGGAUACCGGGAUUCUAUUCUUCUAGUAACCAUACUUUCCCCUCGACGAGUGUCCCUGCAUGUUCUGAAUGUGUCACAGCGGAUAAAUACUUCAGCGAUACAGGCAGAGGUUGCCAGCAUCGCCUUACGCCAUUGGAGCUUGCAGCAUAUGCAGAGCUGAAUAACUGUGUCCGGGCUGCGCUUUUCGUGUGCCUUUCUCGCAUAUCUAAUGCAGUCUACGCAUCGUCACUUGUCCGCGGAAGCAUGGAAAGAAGGUUCUCCGUCUGUUCCCUUUUCGGAUUCCCAAUUCACCGCCGCCCGUUAGUCCCGUCGCGGCCGUUUAUCCCGUCCGAAGCAUUCAGAGAGCGGCGAACUCAGCGAUAUGGCCUUGGACGCCCGUUCACGCUCUACCACGUUGCACUCAAAGAUGCCGAUAUCGCAAGCAUAUCGUAUACGACAUCGAGCCCCCUCGCUUGGCUCACGGUUCUAAGAAGGGCUGCAGUAGCGAACCACUCAUGGGCCUCCUAUUCCUUUCGGCUUUUUACGAGUUUGUUCGGAUACAACUCUCCGAUUAUCCAGAGGGAUUCUCGAACUGCGUCCUUUCUUUGGAUUACGAACGAACUCUUCGGUCAGCUCAAGAGCUGGUUGGUUGCGCUUAGUGUUCAGAUUUAUUCGUCACUGCCGUCAAAGACGCGAAGCAUAUCAAGUUCUUCGCGAGCGGCGCGCCAAGGGCCGGUCGAGAUGUUUGAUUUGCGCUCAAUUCGUGUCGUCGACGAAACUCUCUCCGCCGUUUUCUUCAAUUAA